CGACGAUGCAGCGCUGAGAGUUGAAUGCAUUACGUGCGUGCCAAUACCUAGCUGUGAAGAUGGUUUUGCAGGUCGAUUCAUCCCGCCCAACGGUUCAGCUGCCCCAGCAGGGCAAAGUCAUCGGCAUCACCCACUCAAAGGACGAGAGCGCAUUUCGUCCUCGUGCUGUCGAUGCGUUCCUCGGCAUACCAUACGCCGUGCCACCUGUCGGCGACCUGAGGUUUCGUCCGCCCCAGAAGCUCCCUCCUAGCCCAGAGAAUGUUCUCGACGCCUCAGAGUACGGCCCGGCAGCCCCUGGGAGACCUCUGUUGAUAGCAGACCCAUCGAAACCGCCACUGGUUUACAGUGAAGACUGCCUGACGGCCAACGUGUUUCGACAGUCCGGAAGCACAUCCCAAGAUGGGAAGCUGUUGCCAGUCGCCAUCUACAUUCAUGGCGGGGCCUUCAACCGCGGAACGGCCAGCAUGCACAACACGGCAUCGAUGAUGAGCUGGGCAGAGGAGCCGUUUGUGUGUGUUUCGUUCAACUACCGGGUGGGAUCACUAGGCUUCUUGCCGAGUACACUAAGUGCCAAGGAGGGUGCGCUCAACAUCGGCCUCAAGGACCAGAUUCUGCUAUUUGAGUGGGUACAGGAAAAUAUCGAGGCGUUCGGAGGCGAUCCGACCAACGUCACGCUGUUCGGGCUCAGCGCGGGUGCGCACUCCAUCGGUCAUCAUCUCAUGCACUACAAGGAGGGCGUGAAGCCGCCAUACAACCGGGUCAUCAUCGAAUCUGGCGCACCAACCUCUCGCGCUGUCAGGCCAUUCGAUGCUCCUGUCCACGAGGCGCAAUUCAAGGACUACCUUGCCGCGGCAGGGGUACCUUCUGACCUUCCCGAGGACGAAAUCUUCCCCUUCCUGCGGUCCCUGCCGUCAGAGAAGAUCGAAGAGGCACAGAACACAGUCUUUGGUUCGUACAACCCAAGCCUAAAAUGGGCAUUCCAGCCGGUCAUAGACGGAGAAAUCAUCCCGAGGCCGCCCCUGGAGACGUGGCGACAAGGAAAGUGGAACAAGGUUCCAAUCAUGACUGGUUUCCAGAGAAACGAGGGCAGUCUGUACGUGGAUAAGACCAUGAGCAAGUCAGAGCAGUUCACUGGUUUCUUCCGCAACUUGCUGCCAUUGCUGUCGGAAGAGGACCUCAAGACCAUUGACGAGUUAUACCCGGACCCCUUCAAGGUCCCUGAAUCCCCCUGGAAAGAGGACAGAGACGGUGUUGGGGCCCAGUACAAGCGAAUCGAAGCGGCCUACGGUCACUACGCGUACGUGGCCCCUGCCCGGCAGACUGCCGAGUUUGCGAGCUUGCAUGUCCCGGUCUACCUGUACCAGUGGGCGGCGAUCGCGACAGUCCUCAACGGCGCCCAGCACGCCGAUAACAUGAGGUAUGAAGUCUGCGAACCCAGAGUUCUCGCCGUCAGCAAGAACCAGGCCGAGCUGGCCAAGACGGUGAACUCGUAUGUCACCAACUUUAUCACAAAGGGCGACCCGAAUGCUGGAGUACCCAAGCCAAGGUGGGAGCCAUACAACAAGGAGACACCAAAGUCUCUGGCGUUUGGGCUGGGCAAUGAGGAACUCAUAGGCGGCGAUCUGGGCACAACGGCCAAGUUCGUGGACGAUGAGUGGGGCAGGAAGGAGAGCGAGUUCUGGUGGAGUAAGGUGGAUUUGUCACAACAGUAAUUACCAGCACAGUAGCGAAUAGACCAAUAGGCAGCUGGAAUGCUCAGGUAUUAAUUGCUGUA